AGCUGCAGUGGCAGCUCUCCCCACCCUGACCCACUCUGAGCAUGGCCUCAAACAUUUGCAUUGUGUGUUUUUAAAAUGUGAAGAAGAUUCUUUUGGCUGUAAAGAUGAAGAGUCUGCUUUUUCUGGUGCUGAUCUCUGCCUGUUGGGCUGAACCUCACCCUGGCAACUCCAGUCUGGAGCAUGAAAGAAUUGUUCACAUUCAAGAAAAUGGGCCCCGUCUCCUGGUGGUAGCAGAGCAAGCCAAAAUCUUCUCCCACCGCGGCGGCAACGUGACCCUGCCCUGCAAAUUCUACCACGAGCACACGUCCGCCGCCGGCUCGGGAGCGCACAGGACCCGCGUCAAGUGGACCAAGCUCACCUACGACUACCUCAAGGAGGUGGACGUGUUCGUGGCCAUGGGGCACCACAGGAAGAGCUACGGCAGCUACCAGGGCAGGGUUUGGCUGCGGGAGAGCAGCGAGAACGACGCCUCGCUGGUCAUCAGCGGCCUCAGGCUGGAGGACUACGGCCGCUACAAGUGCGAGGUGAUCGAGGGGCUGGAGGACGACACGGCGGUGGUGGCCCUCAACCUGGAAGGCGUGGUGUUCCCCUACUCCCCGCGGCUGGGGCGGUACAACCUGAACUUCCACGAGGCUCAGCGUGCGUGCGCGGAGCAGGACGCGGUGAUGGCCUCCUUCGACCAGCUCUACGACGCCUGGAGGUCGGGGCUGGACUGGUGCAACGCCGGCUGGCUCAGCGAUGGCUCCGUGCAGUACCCCAUCACCAAGCCCAGGGAGCCCUGUGGGGGCAGGAACACCGUGCCUGGCGUCAGGAAUUACGGGUUCUGGGACAAGGACAAGAGCCACUACGACGUCUUCUGCUUCACGUCCAACUUCAAUGGUCGCUUCUACUACCUGAUCCACCCCACCAAGCUGACCUACGACGAGGCCGUGCAGGCGUGCCUGAAGGACGGCUCCCAGAUCGCCAAGGUGGGGCAGAUCUUCGCCGCCUGGAAGCUGCUGGGCUACGACCGGUGCGACGCGGGCUGGCUGGCGGACGGCAGCGUGCGCUACCCCAUCUCGCGGCCGCGCAAGCGCUGCAGCCCCAGCGAGGCCGCCGUGCGCUUCGUCGGCUUCCCCGACAAGAAGCACAAGCUCUACGGCGUCUACUGCUUCAGGGCCUACAACUGAGGGGCUUCACCUAGAGCGUGAAAGUUGUUUUGUUUUUUGUUUUUUGUUUUUUUUUUUAAUUUUUUUAAAUGCGUCUUUUUUUUUUUUUUUUUGUCUUCUUUUUGUUCUUUUUUUGCGUUACGAACUCACGCAAGCUACCAAAACUGUGAUAAACCUCUUUUACUUACUGUAAAGAGUAAUUUUCAUAGAAAACCUCUUUUACUUACUGUAAAGAGUCAUUUCCAUAGACACUCCCUCCCCGCAAACCCAUCGGUUUGUUUUUUUUUUGUUUUAGUGGUUUUGGGUUUUUUUUUUUUUCUUUUAUUUGUGAAAAUAUCGUUCCACAGAUGUUUUAAAUUAAUAUAAUUUAAUGGGAGCUCUAGGUAAGAAACUUUUAGAUUCAAAUUCUUUAAGCUAUGUCAUCCCAAAAAAAAAAAAUUAUAAUUUUCAUGAAUGGGGCAUGCAAUAGAGCUUGACAAUUGCUAGGGCACAAUUAUGGAGUGUAAGGCUACUCAAAGCAGAAGCUUUUAAAAGCACAGAUUUUACAUAUUUGUAGCAGUUUGAGAAACACUGCAAAUUGAUUAUGACAGGAAUUUUAAAAUAAAACAAUCUUUUUGUUAAAGGGGAUCAGUGAGGUUUCUGAAAGAAAUCUCACAACAAUAUAUGUUAGCAAAUAACUGUUUUCACUGGUUCACAUGGGAGCAACAAAGAGUUUAAUAAAAGCAGCUGAAACGGUCCACAAAAAUAGGACUAGUUUUACAGUUUCAAACCUUGCCUUUCUGAAAAAUAAGCUCAUGGUCCCAUGCAUAGGAAAAAGCACAAUUAGUUCUCUUGAACAUUUCAAUUGUGUUUUUGUUGUGUAUAAAUCAUUGAGUGAAUAAUUAACAAACAAGGAAACUCUUGUUUUCUUCUUAUCUCCAAUUUAAGAUGCCUGAGAAGUGUUGUAUUACCUUUGAGUAGCUUUACUGAGCUAUUUUUAAACUCUUAAAGGCCAUUUGCUAAGCAGCAUAAUAGCAUCUACUCAGGGCAGUUGUAUAAAUGAACUGCUGGACAGAGAAAUUGUAAACUUUAGCAGCUUGAUUUUACAUUAGCCUUUGAAAUGUUAUUGUCUUAAUUAAAGAACGUUACAAUAUUUAAUAUUUCUUAGCUAUUUACACAUCACAUGAAAUAAAAAUAAGAAAAAAAAAUAUUUAAAGUGGUGAAGUCUAAGCAAAGACUAUUAGACAAAAUCUGAAACCAGCCAUUGAGUUUUAGAAGAGAAAAAGAAAAAAAAAACAUAACACUUCAUUUCCUUUCAUCUUACUUGUAUCUAAAAAGUACAUCUGUUUUUUAAACUAUCAGUGAAAUAAUAUAGUAUCGCUAGCCCUGAAUUAUUUAGUUAGUCCUCCUUAGAGUUAACAGAAAAUAAAGCUAUUGAAAUACUUAUUUUCACUGAAUCUGCAGUGGUCUAGGUGGAAGAUGUUUACCUAAAUCUGCCAGUGUCAGAGAAAAACACUCACUGUGCAUGGUGCCUAGGAUUUUCAGAGCUGCCUAAAGCACUAGGUCCUCCCUAAAUACCAGUUGGAGGGAAUUUGGGAUUUCUAAUGCAAACUCACUUUGGAUGCAGCAAUUCUUGGUGCUCAUCUUCAGAUACCUUAAUGCAACCAGUUUUUCAGAGAGCAGGUGCUCGAGGCUUUCUGAAAAUUUACUCCACUUAUGGUGUCUCACUCAAGCUGGAUAUCCAAAAAAAAAAAAAAGGCAGAGAGGCCAUUGAUUAAAAAUAUCUUGGUCUUGGGUAAUCUCUUCAGUGGUUUUUGGUGUUCUCUAUCCAGUAUUGGUUCUACCACUUAAAAAUGGAGAACUCUUUUUUCCUACUCUACGCUUGCUGACUAUGAAGAACUCAGAGGACCAACAUUUGUAUUUAAGCAAA